UUGCUGGUAAUUUUGGGGCCUUUCUGAGCUGCAGUCUGGCUUGUUGCAAGCAGCACUGUGCCGAGAGCGAGGAGGAUGGUGCUGAACGUGAGCCUCAUUGUCGUCUGUGAAGCUCAAAAUGUCGUCGACUUUGGGCAACGCAACAGGUGACAGCGGCGACGACGCGACGAGGAGGAGGAGUGAUGCCUUGACGCUGCAAUCGCACACGGCCCGAGCGAGCAUAUGAGCCGCCGCAAGCGCAGGGAGUCCUACCUGGACGCCAGCUUCGACAUCUCCAUCCUCCAUCCGAAGCGCACCAAACUCGACUUGGCACUCGACGAGGACGACGAAGAUGGCAGCUCGCCUUUGCUCGUCGCGCUACGCCAAACAGCAGCGAACAUCGUAGCAGAUAUUGAUGAUAGGAAGGAAGCGCGAAGACUGCACAAGGAGCUGGAACGCAUCAUCGUACUUGUAGCUCGAGCGCUGGACGAACAGCUUCCUGGCAUCGCUGCAGAGGGCCAGGACGCCCGACCGCUGCCGCCCAGUUCGGCAAGGCAGGUCAAACUGCUCAAACGACAACUCGAAGACGAACGCGCAGAGCUCGAACAAGACAAGAAAGAUCAGAAGAUCUUUCAGGAGCGCAAAGCUGCCCAAUUGCGGCGCGAAACAGCGGAAAUCAAAGCCAAGGUCGACCCCGAGCUCGUCAAGCUCACAGAGAAGCAGCUCGAACGCAACAUACAUCGCACACAUGCUCAACAGCUGGCCUAUCAGCCGCAACAUGACGAGUUUCUCGUCAACAGCGUAGCCCGCUUCGUGGCAGCAUUGGAGGCAUGAUGCAAC